AUGCCAGAGCAGCUGCCUCUCCGGCGCACUCGCACGCCUCGCCGGCCUCCGCUCCCCGAGUCGUUCCGCAGCUGCGGCAACAGUCUCGAUCUCGGCCGUCACAGCACGAGUCUGGCACGCGUAGUCACCGCCUCUCCGCCCCAGCCGCUCCUACCACGCAGCGCCAGUCUUGAUCUCGCGCACGUGCCAGUGCGCAUCCCCGUGCUCCGUCGAGCACGCAAGAUGCCUGCCAUGCCCAUCUUCGACGAGCCGAUGCCGAUGGCCGAGUCUUCGCGCAGUGCUGUCUCUGCGGCCAGCAGUAGCAGCAGCAGCAGUAGCAAGCCCUUUGCCGGCUUCCGUCGUGCCGCGGGCCUGCUGCGCAAGCAGCGCAGCGAGGCCAGCUUCGGCAACAGCGAGAACCGCGGCGCCAGCAGCAGCUCGCGCAGCAGCGGCUCGACGCGCUCGUCGCCGUUCGACGACGCCGAGCCGGCACCCGUGGCGCCGACCACGUCGAUGUUUGAGUCGUGGGAGGAGGGCGAUGAGGCGACGCCAAAGGGCCCGGGACGGAUACUGAAGCGCUCGCCGCGCAAGAACGAGAACAACGACCUGCGGCGAGGCUUCUUUGGCUCCGGCGCCGGCCGCGGCUCGGGACGCCAGCGCUCCGAGUCUGUGGGCGACCGCGCACGCGUCAAAGGCUCGGUGUUGCUCGGCUUGAACAGCAACCAGGUCAUGGGCCGCAACCUCGAGGCGGCCAUCGAUCAGGCAGGCGGUCUGCAGCCCGCCGCUCCCUCCAUGCCGACACCGCGCGCGUCGCGCACUGCACAGGCGUCACCAUGGUCCAGCCAGCUCGCCGCGCCCUUUCCAGACGUCGCCGCCAGCAGCAGCGUCUACUCGCAGCACCACGGUGCAGGCGGCGUGCCGCGCAUCGGCUCGACGGACAGUCUCGAGCUGCUUGCGCUCGACUUUCCUCCGCCGCCGCCCGUCAGCGCACCCGUGCGGCCUCAGCUGCGCGGCAGCAGCUCGGUGGGCGCGCUGCGCAAGAACUACCGCAUGGCCGGCGGCGUCGGCACGGGUCGCACCAGCCUGGAGAUCAUGGCCGACACCAUCUCUCCGAGUCCCCUGCCGCUGCGCACGCGUCGUGGCGUGGACCCGCUGAGCAUCUCGCUGGCGCAAGUCGCCGCUGGCGGUUCCUCUCGGCGUCGGACGACGGUGCGCUCGCCACAUGGCGUGCAUUCCCCACCUCCGUGCCCGCCGCCGUCGACGCCGCUGCCCGAGGUGCCCCUGACGCCUGCAUUCGAGUACGCCUCCUUCUCGGCGCGCUCCUCGGCGCUGCAAAGUCCCGCGGCCCACUCGCGCACGGCGUCGGGCAGCAGUGGCGCUGGCGGCGAGACGAAGGACAGCCGCAGUCGCGCCUCGACGCAGACCGCCAUCUCAGACUAUGGCGACUCAGAGCUCAGCUACGGCUGCGACUCGGCCACGAGCAGCGGCAGCAGCCCAUUCACGCCGCUCACGCCGCUCGACCGCGGUGGGCUCGAUCUGGCGAGCGAGGAGGCAACGCCGAGCAAGACGACGGCACUCAGCGCCCUCGACUUUGACCUGCAGUCGCCCGUGCUCUUCUCGCUCUCCAACGCACUCGCGCUCGAUGCGCCGCGCUGUGUUCCCGCCGUCGUGGCCGCGACGCCCGAGGAUGACGACGCCGUCUAUGGCUAUGCCAUGUGA